AUCGCCGGUCCACUGUGUCCCUCGGACACAGCGGAUCACAGAAAGAGCCGAAGGUGUCGGCUCGGCCAUGUGAUCAGCUGUGUCCAAUCACAGCUGAUCACAUGGGACAUGUACACUGAUCAUCAGGGCACUGAUGAUCAGUGUGCCCUGAUGAUCAGUGUGGCCCCAGAAGUGCCACCUGUCAGUGCUCACCAGUGCCCAUCAGUGCCACAUAUCAGUGCAUACCAGUGCACAUCAAUCCACAUAUCAGUGCCCAUCUGAGCUGCCUUUCAAUGUCACCCAUUAGUGCCAGUCAGUGCCACCUAUCAAUGCCAAUCAGUGCUGCCAAUCAGUGCUGCCUAUCAGUGCCAGUCAGUGCUGCCUAUCAGUGCCAAUCAGUG